AUAUUUUAAGUUUAAAUUUCAGCUCAGUGAAGCACUUUAAGCACAAGAACUUUUUCAGUGACGUGUUUUUUGGACUAUAAGGUGCAGAUUUCAAACUAUCAGUCGCGCAGCAGAACAUGAGAACAGAGCAGCUGUGAGAGAGUUGAACAUGAAUGAAUCAAUGGCACGAAGUGGAGGAAGCAAGAAGAGCCAAGUUUGACUGUUUUUAUAGUCCGGUGCCCCAAAAAGACAGUAACGUAUCUUUCUUGUAGAAAUGAGCUCAAAUAAAGAACUUUGUGUUGACAGAUUGUUCAUCAUUCAUCAAUACUGUCUGUAUGGGCAGCAAUUUAAAAAAGUGAACAUGUAAAGCUGAAGUGUUCAGUGAUGCGGUUGAAAAAUUUGGGAGAGAAAAAGUGCAACUGUGGGAAAACAUUAGUCUCGAGCCCUGCAGCUCCCACUGCACCCACAGUCCACAGCAGCUUCUACACCAGCAGCUUCUACACCAGCAGCUUCUACACCAGCAGCUUCUACACCAGCUCCACCAUCUAGAAACUUUCUUCUGCCUCCUUUUUCUUUCUGGUCGUUGCGCCGUAAGUCAUGUUUUCUCUUCUCGCUGUCUCAGCUUCCACGAGCCUUUCAUCGGAGGAUCUUCCUCAUGGUGCUGAUCUCCUCCACCACACUGACGGAGUGAUCAUGUCCUGCACACCACUCAGUGGGGGUACACUGUGUCGCCAUCCACCUGUCAGUCAGAGAGGCCACGCCCCUAAUAAUGUAAACAUGAACCCUAAUACAGGUGAGUUAUCGAACACAGUUGCUAUAGAAACCAGUUUUUGCAUCAGGCUGUAAACGGCUUUAUCUGAACUCUGCUGCCUCUGCUGGAUGUCGGAGGAGCUGCAGGCUCUGACAGGAGGACGGUCACAUGACAGCGCAGUCACAUGACAGCCAUGAGGACAGUUAUUACACAAACAUGGGCUCAGCUCCGUCCUCAUGCAUCUGCUCACUCUGAACAAACUCCUUCAGGCUGUAAAGUAACUGAGUAAAGUAGAAAGUUACUUGUGUGAGGCAGCUUUGCAGCAUCAGGAUCAUGACCUCCGUGUUGCUCCAUCACUCGGGUCUUUAUGAUGGAGCUGCUGGACUGAAGCCUCAGACCUGAGCUGGUGUCUGCUGACAGACGAUCGUCGGGGCGUCUGCCACAGAUCAGCUGAGCAGUUAGAGCCACGGUGAAAACGAGCCCUCGUUGGGAGCGCGCUGAAGCAUUUACAUGAGAAUGUGAGUUAUUUUGAUCGGGCCUGCAGACAUGCUGACUGUCAGCGUGUCGGGGGACGUCUGCAGAGCAAAGCGCUCGGGCGACGCCUCAAACAGCAGCUGCAGAAACGACUCAGAGUCUGUGAGGAGAUAAGUAGCUCCGAGCAGCCGCAGUUACAAAUGAAGUUAUUUCUAUAUUUAUAAAAGCUCCAUCGUGGAGUUUAUGUGUGCAGGAUCAGCGAAAAGCUCGUCAAAUCAGAGUCCAGGAGAACGGGCAGGGGUCACACACACGCUCUUUAGGAACACGACGACGCUUUCAGCAUUUUAUGGCUCAGAAAGUUCAUCGAGUGGGAAAGUCAUGGUCACAGGAAAUCACCAUAAACACACCAAUAAACAAAUAUCAGUGUUUCAGUGUUUUGCAGAAGCUGUGAGUGAGCUUUAACCCUCAUCCACAGCCUCACACGGCCAGCUGUGAACAACGGAAAACAGAGAUUCAACAUGAAAAAGCCUCAGAAUUAAGAACUGAAACCAUGAACAGAUUUGAAUUUUCAGAGUUUAAAAUGUCUCAAAUGCAGCUGAAGAAAGCAGCGACACAGCUCUGCAGAGAUGCAGCUGUGAGAUCAGAGCUGCGUCUGUUCCCCUGUCGCAGGGUCGAGCUGACGUCUGCUCACUGAGUCGUUUGUCAGCAUUCGAUCCUCCUGAUCUGCCCCGGGGCAACAAUUCAACCUGUUCUUAUUCAAAUCAGCCCCCUCCUCGCGCUCAUGCCCCAGCAGCCAAUCAGCUCGUACAGGGGGCGGGGCAGCAGGGUAUAAGUGUCUCAGGUGAGCAGCAGGUGUAUGGAGCAGACAGGUGCAGGCAGACCGGAAGAAGCAGCAGCAUGGCGUCCUUUGUGCCAGAGCGUGGCCCGUCCCCCCCAGUCUGCAGACGCUCGCUCCCCCAGCAGGAGCUCCCGUCUCUGGCCCUCGACCCGUCCGACUUCAGCCUGUACGGCCCUCUGUCUCCACCUGCGCCCAGCCCGUCGGCGUGGCUCCAGCCGGCCCACAGUCGCAGCUUCGCCUCCAGCCUGGACCAGAGCUUCGCCGGAGGAUGUGCACCGGGGCUGCCCCCGCCCUUCAGGGACUUCCACCCUUAUCUCUACGGGCUCCAGAGGAGCAUGUCCUGGUUCUCCCAGGACGACAUGCUGAGCUUGGUCCGCCCGCCAUACUCUUACUCUGCCCUCAUCGCCAUGGCAAUAAAGAGCGCUCCAGAGCAGCGGCUGACCCUCAGCCAGAUCUACCAGUACGUCUCGGACAACUUCCCCUUCUACAGCCGCAGCAAGGCCGGCUGGCAGAACUCCAUCCGCCACAACCUGUCGCUCAACGACUGCUUCCAGAAAGUUCCCCGAGACGAGCGCGAUCCAGGUAAAGGGAACUACUGGACUCUGGACCCGAACUGUGAGAAAAUGUUCGACAACGGAAACUUCCGCCGCAAGAGGAAGAGGAAGAACGACUGCGAGACCAAUGAGAAGAAAUCUUCCUCCUCUUCCUCUCCGUCCUCCUCAGAGCCCAGCCCAAAAAUUCCCAGUGUGCACAGCAGCAGCGGUUACAGCACAGAGCCGCCUCCUCUCUCAGACGCUGCGUCCAACCUCAACAGCUUCCUCUGCCACCUCCAGGACUCCCUCUUCCUCGCUCCUCCUCACUCCUCUGUACCUUACAUGAAGUUACCAGAGCAGGCCUCCCCGUCGCCUCAGGGGUACACGUCGUCUUAUUCGCCCGGCGCCGUGGUGCCGCAGUGGGACACCAGCUGCUCCUCUCCAUCCUUCUACACCUCGCCGCCUCCUCUCUUCUCGUCCUCCCAGGCCACUCCUUUUAACUUCUGCCCGCUCCCUGACCCUCAGACUGGCUCGCCACCGCUCUACGCUGAGCUGCAGACGGCAUCCUGUCCUCAGGUGGAGCUCCAGGAGAUACAGCAGCUGCAGGCCCAGAGCCAGCCUCUGUUCUUGGGGGGCUUCAGUGACUCUCUGACCCUCGACUCGCUGGUCCUCCAGCACUGAAACAGACUUACCUGUCCGCCCUGAACAGUUUCUAUUUAUCUUUUUUAUACUUUCACAAUUUUAGGAUAAGUGAGAAAACAUGUAA